GGCAGUUCUCUUCGUGGCGGCCACACGAACCGCAGAGACACCUCCAGCUGCCCCGAUUUUCGCACAAGGAGGCGCCAGAAACCACGAGCGAGCGGGAAGGCAGCCGGAACCGGCACCAACAGUUGCCCAAGCUCUGUGGUCCUACGUUGGCCGGCACCGGCGGAGGAGGAGGCGGCGACGCGCUCCGUGCAUGAGCUCCGUGCGCUUCCCGCGGGCCCCGCCGUGGGUCCUCGCCGAUGCCACCGUGUCGCUGAGGGCCCCUUCGGAGUACAGGGCCACGGGCACCGUACAGAUCGUCGCCACCGCCGCUCGGCCCGAGUAUGGCCAGGGGUUCCACGUCUCCGAGCCCAAGCCGAUGGUGAGCUCUUUGACCACGCACAACAAGCCGGACUUGGCAAGGCCUGUGGCCAUCAAGCUGUCAUGGCCCUCCCACCCCGAUUGCGACGACAGGCCCGGCGACGAGCACCUCGCGUCCGGCGCCAGGCCGAUCGCCUCUCCGCGGCAGUCGACGCGCUCCAAAGCUCAAGAACCAAACGAGGCGGGGCUGUCCAGAGCCGCCACCUCGGCGUCAUGCCGCGGUGAGGCCCGGCUCGGGCCCCAGCCUCCUGCGGCGCUGACAACCGUUUUCCAGGCAGCCGACCCACGGAGGGCGAGCGGCGCAUCGGCGUCGGACUCGAGCCGUGACCGCGAGACGCCGCCGCUGCUGCUGAUGCCGCAUCAGCUGACGGUGGAGCUGCCGACGCCGCCCUUCGUCGAGUUCUCUUCUUCUUCCUGCUCCUCGUGGUCGACCGUUGGGGGUUUUUGUCGUCUGCCGCGACGGCCGUCGGCGCUGGGUGGAGGCACGGGGGAUAUGGGCCGGGACAUGAGCCGCGACAUGAGCCGGGAGGAGCUGCGCCCCGCCGUGCCUUGCGAGCCGAGGCCGGUGACCCCGCCGACCCUCCUCACGCCGUGGGAUUUUGAGCUGGGGCCACGCGCGCCCACUCGACCCGUCAUCCCGCCCACCCCGCCGCCACUGCCGUCUGUGUUGACUCAAUCCCAGCUGCAGGACACACUGCUCUACCUGCUGCAGAACGACGACGAAUUUGUGGACAGAAUCCACCGCGCUUACCUGCACCGCUCCUCUGGCGCCGAGUCGCGAGCCGCCCACCCCCAGUGCCGUCCACGUUGAGCAGCACCCUCGAGGCUCCACGGCGACGACAACGCAAAACCAACCCGGAGGUGGUGGUCGUGACGGCUCCAGCGUUGCGCAACGACCGAACCGUGCGGCCUUACCACCACCAGCAGCAGCGGGGGCGGCGAUUUUCAAUUUGAAUAGCAUCUCAACGCAGCUGCGUGCCACAGGACUACGUUGCGGUAGAAGCGGCAGCGAGGUCAGGCCAGGGGAACACGGGGCACCAGCCCAGGACGAUACAAACACGGCCCCAAGCACCAACGACAAUGAGCCAAAGUGACCGUCAGGGCAGCCAGGGUAGCCAGGGCAGCACCUACGCGCCCCAGGCUUCGCUGGCACCCACCCACUCGCCAAAGAGUCCCCAGGCGGGAUCCAAAGUGCCUUGAAUGCAGGGGGGGGCACGGGGGGGGGGGGGGCAUGCACCCUUCACCUGUGCCGGCUCACCUGGGUCCAGCCGCGUUGUUGAUUGGGUGUCCAGGGAUGGUUUAUGUUAUUUGUUGUGUGCCAAAGUUUGAGCGAAAUAACCAUCACAGCCACGUUCGGGUUCUGGCGGCGUCGGGAGGAAACGUCGGGGGGAAACGCCGAGCCGGCACCGCUGACAAUCCUGGGUUUGAAUCCGGGUUUCAGCCGGUGAUUCGACCGGAAUUCUCAAGUGCAGUGGGUGAGUUGACUGUCUUCAGCGCGGUCACCAAAGACUACGCGAAAAAUCCUUCUCGCGUUAAAUUGCGUCCACCCAUUUUUUUUACGUGGGGCUCAGCCCAGCCGCUUGAGAGACUUGAAAACGUAAGGAUUUUUUGGGACUUUUUUUUUUUGGCAAGGUCUGUGUAAGUAAAAAAAAAAAAUGUGGCCCCAUCAUGAGCGGAUAAAGAGAGACCUGGCCGAUUUGGAUUUCUUUAGACCCCUCUUCCCACUUUGUCUAGCGGCGAUUAUGCGCGUCUAUCCGGGUUUCGUUUUUUAGGAGAGGGUUCCGGCCCAAGCUUUCACUGUCACGGGGUUGGGGGUUUGGUGGGUGGGAGGGCGAUGAUGCUACUUACUGUGCUUCAUCAAAAUUGAGUAAAAAAUAUAUAUAUACAGGUAAUUAUUUUCUGCGUUGGUAAUGUUUGGCCAGAUAUCUGUUUAGACGCUUGCAAAGGUAGAGGCCGGUCGGCUGUUGUGUGUGCGCCGUUGUGUGUGUGUGCCGUUGUGUGUGUGUUUGUACACGGCAGUUACUUAGCAGUUUCUUUCCGUGUCGAUCGGCACCCCCUAAUUCAUCGUUGGAGUGCCCUUGCCUUGGACGUCUCGCGUUUGUUUAACAAGCCCCGAGUCGGCCGAUGAAAUGCGCAAGGUCGAAAUCAGCCCGGAUUUUGCUCGCUUAGGCAAACGCUCGCACGGAAAGCACUUGCGGGAUUGGCCUGGAGCGGCGCCGGGCCCAGUCGACCUUAAAACGCAGUGCAUAUUUUGUUUGUGGAGACGGAACGGAGUGCUUCGUGGCAAAGUAUAAGGUGUCGCUGGUUUGGGAGUUGCACUUUGGUGAUGUAUUUGUAGUUGACGUUCGUUUGCCUGCGCUGGACGUAAACGAAUAAAGAAUUUUGGA